AUGUCAGUCAUCCUUUUCUUUAUUAUUGUCGUGGGUUACUUGCUUCUACAUUAUCGAAUUCGCCUACUUUUAAAAUAUUUUAAUCAGAAGGAGACUUUAAAAACUCGACUUCACAAGAAGGAAACUGAACUUAAAUUAAUGACACCAAUACAGACUGUUGAGGAUGUUGUGAAACGGAUGGAGAAGCAUCAGGAAGAAGACGAGGAAAAAUCAAAACCCUUAUUAAACCUUUAAAAGCCUUCAAAGAUACAGUCGAAUCCCACUUAUAGAUACAUCCUUUGGGGCUGAAAACUUUGUCUCUUAUAACGGGAGUAUACUAAAUAGAGGUUCCGCUUAGCCAGUUUCCCCACCAAGAUCCAACAAAACAUUUGUCCCAUUGUCCCUUUCGGACGGGAUAAUAGGCUAGAGAGAACAUGUCCCGUUCGAACGGGGAAGUAGGCUGAAGAGAAUAUGCCCCUUUGUGACUUUCAGAAUAUGAGGUAGGCUGACGAGAACAUGUCCCUUUCGGAUUAGGAGGUAGGCUGGUGAGAACUUAACCCUUUCUGCCUUUCAAACUAGUUCGUAGGCUGAAGAGAGCAUGUUCCUUUCAGCCUAGGGGGCUGGAAACUUUGUCUCUUAUAACGGGAGUAUCCUAAAUGGAGGUCUCGCUUAGCUAGUUUCCCCACCCAUUGACUAACAAAAUGUUUGUGCCAUUUUGUCGCAUGUACCAUUUUGACGGUGAACAUUUUAGAAUUUUGUCUUUUAAAAAGGGAGUAUCCUAAAAGGGGUUUCGCUUAGGCAGCUUCCCCACCCAGUAGCCAUCAACUGGGCGGCCUUUUGUCGCCUGUGCUUUUUGUCGGGGAACCUUUUUGUCGUUUGUACCCUUUUGUCUAUGAUCCCUUUUAUCGGCUGUACCAUUUUGUUAUUUGUGUUUACAUACAUAUAAGUUCAUCUAAUAUUUGGGAGGAUCUAAAAGUGAGGUUUGACUGUAUCAGAUUUGGUAAUAUUUUUGACACAUAGCUCUAGAAAAAAAUUUUUUUAACAAAAAAAUUUAUUCACAAAAUAAAAAUACGUGGCUUAUGAAAAACACACAAAUUAUGCGCACAUUAAUUUAUUUUCUUUUAAUUAUUGGAAUACUUAAUAUAAUUUAUUUUAAAUGCUAUACAAUUAAAUAAAUUUGUGGAAUUGUAAUAAUAGGAAGAAAUACAAAUUUUUAAGUUUUGGCUUUACAAAGUAUAUAUUAUUUAAAUUAUUGCAAAUUAUGUUAUUUAUUAAUUUUUAAAUAAAACGAGUAGAACAAUUCUCGGAUUAAUUCGAAUAGAUAUAGCCAUUUUGUCGGCUGUACCUUUUGACAACGACAAAGAUGUGUUUUUGUCCGUUUGUCAGAUGUACCGUUUUGUCGUAUGCACUCGUUUGUCGUAUGUACUUAUUUAUCGUAUGUACCCAUUUGUCGUUUGUUCACAUUUGUCGUUUACUCCGUUUUGUCAUGUGAGCCUUUGUGAGUCUAUUCCAUGUCCUUAUAUUCUAU